AUGGCUAAAGACAAGCUAUCAAGAGAAUUGUGGAAACUGAGAAUCAACGGAUUUCUUACACAAAUCCUGAUGGCAUUGCUGUUCUCUAUCUGCACUACAGACUUUCUGUCGUCCUUUCACAGAUUUGUCACUAAUCCUAAAAGAGACAACAAGAAAAUCAACAACAGCAGUUUUGAUGCUGAACCAGGACUGGGAGAGUCAGAAUUUUUCUACUCUACGUUAAUGGCAACAUUUUAUGGAAUCGCUGCAUUUGCAGCACUCUUGUCUGGUGUACUUGUGAGAUGUGUCCCAUUCUGGUACCAAUACUUGGCAUAUACCACUGCUUUGAUAGCUGGUUCCGUGUUGUAUGGAAUUUCAAAUCAAAGCUGGGUGCUUGUGUUAAGCUUGAUAACUAUUGGACUGUAUGUGGGUGCAGAAGGUUCACUUGCCAAUAACUAUGCCAACAAGUUGAGUAACCAGUACGUUGGGGCUCUUGAAAAAAAGGGUGACACUAUUGGUAAUGAACAGGAGAAAGUGAAGAUCAGAAACUACCUCUACACUGCGCACAUAUUUGGACAGGGCAUUGGAUUUAUCAUUGGCACUGCUAUAGGAGUUUUGUUUGCUCAGCUCCAUAUUGAGCAAUAUCGGUCCAUGGCAUGGUUUAAUGUGGCUUGUGGGCUGGUUAUACUAGCAGUGUUUGCCUUUUUCUUCCGUGGUGAGAGCGAGUGGAAAAGUACGAAGAUUAGUAGCUGUGGCAGUUUUUGUGAGAGUAAUGAAAUGUGCACACAAAACACCCCCGGACCACUACAAGUUUUCAUUAUUAUCAGCUUUCUACUCCUCAACUUUGUGGAAACAUUUAAAUGGUCUUACUUCGAAGUGCUACUAAAUCCAGUUCUCAGUGACUCGUUUGGCUUGUCUCUGGAAGUUUCUUCCUAUUUCUACUUGGGGCUGGCUAUUCCUCGUAUUCUAGGGCCAAUAUUGGUAGCUGUUCUUCAAAAGGUCAAUAUUUCAUCGCAAACUAUCAGGAUCAUCGGUUUUUUGCUAUCAAUAACUGGCUAUGCCUUACUUACUGACUGGCAGGCCAUUUCAUAUGACCCCUGUACAGAAUACAGCCCAUUUCAUCAUCCAAAACUGUUUCAAACUCAAGGCAUACUUUCAAACAAGUCGAAUGACAGUAACAGCUCUACAAAAUUAAAUAUUACGUCUUCCAAGUUCGUUCUAAACAUAUUCUCAAACGUUGACUUGGAAUUCAGUGAUGGAAUAAAGUUAGAAUUUAUAAUACCAUUAGGGGUGCACUACAUUUGUAAGGAAGACACCUUUUGCAGUGAAAAUAACAAUGACAGGCCCACUUUUUCUUUCCAAUACAAUCAUUUUGGUCAUUCUUCUAUUAGUAAGCUGGACACCGAGAAUGAGAUAUUCUAUCAAAGUUUUUCCUGCUUUCAAGCCAACGAUACAGGAAGCAAACAAGUGUUUUGUGUUAAUUUACUUCAAGAUAAAAUGACUUCAGCGGUAUCAUUGGCAAGUGCUGAUAUUCAGAGCUUACUGGUGUUACCAGACGAUAUUUAUGCUAAGGCAAGUAACUCAUGUAUAAAUGCAUUGGAUGGACAUUGUCAUUGGAUACCGUUCUCAACUAUCACACACAAGAAUUGUGUCGACUGUCCUCCGAUUUGUAGAGGAAAGCACCAAACAUUGUCACUUGCGCAGUUUGUGCUUGGAUUAGCAAUUCUGAUCCUUACAAGUCCAUUUGAAUGGGUCCCUCUGUUAGCUAUGACUUCGAAUCAAGUACCCCACAAUAAGAAAUUACUGGAGACUGUACUUGGUGCUCUGAAUGCUGUUUCUUUUAUCAGUUUGUCAAUUGGACCUGUAAUUGCUGAUGCACUAUAUGAAGCAACACAGAAGCGGAUCUUUUUAUUAUCUAUUUUGUUAGGUAGUUUAAACAUUCCGUUUUUGAUAGGAGUUAUUGUGUUGUAUCGGCAGUUAGGACCACAUCUAAAGUACACCACUCAGUAUUAUAAGGAACAGCAGGACUAAUACAAAUGAUUUAUUCAGACUAGAUCUUAGCAUAAUUAUUAUUAUAGAAGUUAUAAUACUGUAUAUAUAGUGCUAAAAAUUAAUGCGUGAUACUA